UUGAUGCGCUGUGAAUUAAAUUGAUAAGGAAUUGAAGUGUCCAGAUAAAACACCGUCGCUUAGAAAAAAGUCUGUCCCUGAACUGAAUUUAAUAUUUGUGUCGAUUCAUUCGAAAUAGAAGAUUUGAUAAAAGUCACAGUUUCCGCAUUUCGCGGAUUCAUUAAAAAAAAACGACGUAUUUAGUUGUUGCAGGUAAUUGUCUAGUUUAGAUCGUUAUAAAUUUUAUUAUUUCUCACGAACCAGGAUACGCCUUUGAUUCUUCUUAGAAUUUUAAACUCGAAGGUUGAGCACUAUUAUGGCUUCUAGUACAAAUUCCAUUGUGAAAAAACCAUUGUAUAACACAAUGGAUGGUAUUACAUACCCUGGUUUCUUUUCACCAAAAUGUUUCCGUGAAGCUCUGGAUUACAAACCACAAGCAGAAGACAUAUUUAUCGUGACUUACCCUAAAUGUGGGACAACAUGGAUGCAAAACGUAGCUCUUUACAUUUUCCGGAAAGGAAAAGAAUUAGAAGAUAUCUCACAGUUUAAAAAGCAUUGUCCUUACAUCGAUAUGCUGGGCAAAGAAGGCAUCGAAAAAAUGCCCCGCCCAGGUGCUUUUAAGACACAUCUUCCUUACGAUCACCUACCUUAUUCGCCUAAUUCCAAAUACAUUUUUGUCUCUCGAAAUCCUAAGGAUUGUGUUUUAUCUUUUUACCAUCACACGCAAAGUCAGCCAGAAUUUGCUUUCUGGAAUGGUAAGUUUGAUGAUUUUUUCGAGUUUUUCAUGAAUGGUGAAGUAGAGUACAAUGAUUAUUUUGAUCAUUUGUUGUCCUGGUACCCUCAUCGUAAGGACCAAAACGUUUUCUUCACUACCUACGAGGAGAUGAAAAAAGAUAUAAGGAGUGUUAUCGUUACCUUGGCGAAAUUCCUUGGCGAUGAAUUUAUUUCCGAAAUAGAAAGAGACAAUGCGGUGUUUAACAACAUUGUUUUAUACAGUAGUUUUGAUUACAUGAAAAAGCAUCUCAACGAUAUGGGUGACUCUAAAAAAAUAAAAACAGCAUCUGAGCAAAUGGCUUAUGAAGGUUUGAGGCACAAAGCCGAGUUUAUUUCUAAAUUAAAUCUGCCCGAGGAAUUGCCUGAAUUGAAAUUUAUUCGAAAAGGAAUCGUUGGUGAUUGGAAGAAUGUUUUAACUGACGAGCAGAAUGGAAGAUUAAAUAGAAAGUUUAAUGAAAGGUUAUCAGGAACUGAUAUUCCAAACUGGUUUUCUUUCUAAAAUAGAUAUGAAGAAUUGAACAUUUUUUUACAUACUGAUUUACAGAAAUGCUUUAAAAAGUGAUAUUUUUAAUGAUAUUAUGAUGAAAGGGAAUGUGAUUUACAUGCUGAAAACUGUGUACUGAAUAAUAAAAAUGUUUUUUUCUACAUUAAUUGAUUUAAGAUAGUAAUUCUGCUCCAUGAAUUUCAAAAGAUCGAUAACAAAAUUUUAUCCCUUCAAAAGAAAUGAAUAAAAAUUACUAAAAAUGAAAACAAAGCUAUAAAAUAAAUGAAAAUAAAAAAGAAAUG